UCACGUUCGAGAUGCAAGAGAGAAAUGCCCACGCAUCCCAUUCUCUCAUCUUUCAAUCAGUCAGAAAAAGCUGGCCUGACAUUUUCAGUUUUUUAAUUAAAUUUACAAUCUUUAGUUGCCUGUCAUUCCUCCGUAUAAUCCACUGCCUGGGAAUUUAUCUUGUUUCGUUUCCCCUACUCGUGGAACAUUCAAAGACUGUCCUGAAAUCAGUAUAACUCCACCAAACCAGCGUCAACUUCACUGGCUGUUAAUGGAUUUUAAGUUGCUUUUUUAAUGUUUACUAGUAAUUUUGGGAAAGGUGCCUUUGUCUCAUCUGUCAUGAUGGUUUUAUAUUGAGAUCUGCACCCAGUGGGCUUGUGAGAAGUCUCAGUGAUUUUAAUCAGGGUAGUGUUCAGAAUUUUAGAAAAGUGCAACUGGGUUCCAGCUAAGGAAAGCUCACUUGAGGAGAUGAUAGCAAUUUGUUAUCAAGUGAGUUAGUUUACACCCUAUAGUUUAGACAGGGAUCCUUUUAUUUGCUUGGAGAGGCAAAGAUGGGGAAGAAUGGGAAGAUAUCGGAAUAUAGAGAAAGGCUGGACAGGACUUUGGCAUCCCCUGAGCUGACGAAUGAUGAUGCACUUAAAACCCUUGUGAGGAAUCAGCUCCUCCGGUCCUCACCUAAUGAGAAUGAAGGAUGUACUGAGAAUGUGAUAGAAAAAAGGAAAACUGAAGUAUCCUAUUUUCUUGACAUGUUGAGGAGUGCUUCUGUUAGUGAGCAUGAGGCAUCAAAAGCUGCUCAGACAUCACAUAGUGAAUGGAAAUUAAAAGAUGAUAAUGAAGAGUACCGAGUCAUGUAUCGCCAGGGACCUCAUGGUACUGCCCUUCAUACAUUACUUGUGGAAGGCUAUGUAGAUGGACCUAUUGAUACUUGUUUAUGUAUCUCCUGGGAGUCGAACCUCUACAGGAAAUGGUGGCCACAGAUUAUUUUCCCACCUUUUAAAAUUACAAUCAGCAAAUGUCUGCAAAAAGUCCGGAUUGGUGAACAAAUAUCUUUAGUGAGGGUCAAGGUAACGUGGCCACUAUCAGCUAGGGAGGCUGUUGUGCACUAUUUUUCAUUUGAAUACCUCAAAGAUGGUCUGGUUGUCGUACUUGUAAACACGAUCUCGGAUUUGGAGAACAUUGACAAAACUACCCAUGGAUUUACCAGGGAUGGGAUCCCUGAAGUGAAGGAUGUGGUAAGGGUUGAUUUAGUAGGAGGCUUUGCCAUACAAAAAGUGACCUCUGAAAGAAGUUACUUUCGGACUAUAGCAAAUGUGGAUUUGAAGCUGGACUUUGUCCCUCCAUCACUUUUAAACUUUAUUUCAAGGCAGCUUAUUGGCGGUGGUUUCAGACUUUAUCAAAAGGCAGUGGCUUCUGUGUCUAGCUAUGAUGAAGAUUAUAGUAAAGCUUUGGAGGAUCCAAUGUAUGCUCAAAUACGCAAGUCACUUUAUUCCAUUGAUGAGACAAAUGAGACUAUGGAAGGGAAAGGACUCAAUAAAGAUGCCUGCCUUCCACUGCAAGAGCAUUCUGUGAAAGAUAUGCAGAAAAACUUGGAGGAUAUGGAACAGAAAGUUCAGGGAGGUGAGCGUGCAAGUGAAUCCAUGCUAGAGAAUGCACAAGUUACAGAUAAGAAAGAUUUUUGUGAAAUUGAGGAAGAUGAGAGUGAAGAAAGCAUACAAUUGAAAGAUGAAAUCAGCGACACAGAGCAGAAAGUUCAUAGCAAUGAAAUUUUGCAAAAUACUGCUCUGACUACAGAUAGGAAAGCAGUUGGUGAAAUUGAGGAAGAAGAGAGUGAUGUUAGUGUAGAAUUUGAGAACUGCAGCAAAAGUAUAGGUCAAACCAUAACUAAUAAAGUUGUACAGAAGAGUCCUAUAAACUACAAAACAAAUAUUCAUGUUAGUCCUGAAGUAGAACAAGCCUUAGAAACUUUAGAGAAGGCUAUUUCUUUGGUCCGGGAAUGUGGAUUUAAUAGUCUAGGCAGGUUUUCUUCUGGCUUAAUCAGCGAAGAUACUUCAAAUCUACAAAAGGGUGCAGAAAAGGAUUCAACUUUUGUAGAAGAUGAAGAAUCUUCAGAUUCUAAGGUCUCUAUUGAAGUACCUGAAAAGGUUACAAUUGUGGAGAGGAUUUCACAUGAAUCCAAGUAUAGCUCCUGCGAUCGUGAUGUCAGGCGUGUGGGAUCAAAUUCUUACACAAGGGAAGUGAACCAUAACAAGAUAGCACCAGCAUCACCAGAACAAUAUCUUUCAAUUCCCAUUGAAAGUAACCAGGUGUUGUGUUCUUCCAAAGAUGGUAUCGCAGACCUACCAAUUACAGACGGAACAUUGCGAGACAAUAAGCAAAUGAACAUUGAGGUAAAUGGCAUCCAUGAAAAUGGUUUAAAGGGAGAGAAGAAGUUGAGCUGGCGGAAAAACUAUAGGUUUUGUUGCUUCAGCCAGAGCCACCGAUAAAUGAGACCUUGAGAGGGAAGAAAUUUAGAUGGUGACUUUUAUCUUUUUAUUCUUCAUUUCCAGCAUCCACAGACAGACAUCAGAAGUGGAUCUUUGACGAAAAUGUCACAAUAAAUCUUUGUAUCUCUCACCCCCUUAACUUGGAUAAGAUUCUAAGUUGUAUAAGUUAAGCUUACAGAUUUGAUGAAGAUGUUGAAUGGAUAAAUGAACUAGAACACUUGCUUGUGCAAAA